AUGGCGGACGACGCUGGCGGUGGCACUGCAAGUGGAAGUAGCAGUAUAGUUAGUCUCUGCGGUGGUGGCUCCGACAUAAGCGGGAGGCUCGGUUCGAUGGACUCGGUGGAGUCACGGUGGGUCUUCCAAGACGACGACGACGACUCUGUCAUUGACGACGACGAGGAUGGUUUGCAGCAUCGCCGCACUGGAUUGGAUUCCGAGGACGACGAGGACGAAGACGACAAUGCGGAGCAGUGUCUGAUCCGCACCGGGCCGCGGAUCGAUUCCUUCGACGUUGAAGCUCUUGAGAUCCCAAGUGCCCAGCGAAGUGAUUACGAGGACUUCAGUGUGAGCAGGAAGAUUAUUCUUGCUUUUCAGACACUUGGUGUUGUAUUCGGCGACGUUGGAACGAGUCCUUUAUAUGCAUUUGAUGUGGUGUUUACAAAAGCAUCCAUAAGUGGAGAAGACGAUGUUCUUGGUGCAUUAUCAUUGGUCCUGUACACGUUAAUCUUACUACCUCUUGUCAAAUAUGUCCUUGUCGUGCUUUGGGCAAAUGAUGAUGGCGAAGGAGGUACUUUUGCCUUGUACUCAUUGAUCUGCCGGCAUGCUAAGGUUAGUCUCCUUCCGAAUCAGCUCCCAUCAGAUGCUCGUAUUUCAAGCUUCCGGCUGAAGGUCCCAUCCCCAGAACUGGAGAGAUCAUUAAAAAUCAAGGAAAGACUAGAGGCAUCACUUACAUUGAAAAAGCUGCUUCUCAUCUUGGUGCUUGCUGGUACUUCGAUGGUGAUAGCUGAUGGAGUAGUUACACCAGCGAUGUCAGUGAUGUCAGCUGUUGGUGGUCUAAAGGUUGGUGUAGCAGCUAUCGAGCAAGACCAAGUGGUGAUGAUUUCCGUUGCCUUUCUUGUAAUUUUGUUUAGUGUACAGAAGUUUGGUACAAGCAAAGUGGGACUUGCUGUAGGUCCUGCUUUAUUUGUAUGGUUUUGCUCUCUAGCCGGCAUUGGGAUUUAUAAUCUUGUCAAAUAUGACAGCUGUGUAUUAAGAGCAUUUAAUCCUGUUCACAUCUAUUACUUCUUCAAGCGGGACGCAGCUAAGGCCUGGCGUGCUCUUGGAGGUUGCGUACUAUGUGCAACAGGUUCUGAAGCCAUGUUUGCAGAUCUUUGCUAUUUUUCUGUUAGAUCAAUCCAGCUUACUUUUGUAUUUCUGGUGUUACCUUGCCUUUUGCUGGGGUAUUUGGGUCAAGCUGCAUAUCUUAUGCAAAAUCAUACUGACAUUCUGGCUGAACAGGCUUUCUUUUCCUCAGUUCCAAGUGGGGUAUUCUGGCCUAUCUUCCUUAUUGCUAAUGUUGCUGCAUUAAUUGCUUGUCGAGCAGUGACAACAGCUACAUUUUCUUGUAUAAAACAGUCAACAGCACUUGGUUGUUUCCCAAGACUUAAGAUUAUUCAUACUUCUCGAAAGUUCAUGGGUCAGAUUUAUAUUCCAGUCAUUAACUGGUUUCUGUUGGUGGUGUGCAUAUUGUUCAUCUGCUCCAUUCAAAGCAUUACUGAGAUGGGAAAUGCGUACGGGAUUGCUGAGCUUGGGGUCAUGAUGAUGACAACCAUUUUGGUGACAAUUGUUAUGCUCCUAAUUUGGCAGAUCAAUAUCUUUGUUGUGCUCAGCUUUCUUACGAUUUUCCUAGGGAUUGAAUUGACAUUUUUCUCAUCGGUUUUAUGGGGUGUGGGAGAUGGAAGUUGGAUAAUAUUGGUGUUUGCUGGAAGUAUGUUCCUUAUCAUGUAUAUUUGGAACUAUGGGAGCAAGCUCAAAUAUGAAACUGAAGUGAAGCAGAAGCUGUCAAUGGAUUUGAUGUGGGAAUUAGGGUCCAACUUAGGAACAAUUAGAGCCCCUGGAAUUGGCUUGCUCUACAAUGAGUUGGUGAAAGGAAUACCUGCUAUAUUUGGCCAUUUUCUGACAACUCUUCCGGCGAUUCAUUCAAUGAUUAUAUUUGUGUGUAUAAAGUAUGUUCCAGUCCCAGUUGUCACUCAGAAUGAACGGUUCCUUUUCAGACGUGUCUGCCCAAAGAACUACCACAUAUUUCGUUGUAUUGCCAGGUAUGGCUACAAAGAUGUGAGGAAAGAGAACCACCAGGCGUUUGAACAGCUCUUGAUUGAGAGUCUGGAGAAGUUUAUCAGGAGGGAGGCUCAGGAAAGGUCGUUAGAGAGUGAUGGGGAUGAUGAUAUGGAGACAGAAGAUGAUGAUUACUCAAACAACAAGACAAGAGUCCUAGUUGCUCCGAAUGGAAGUGUUUAUUCACUUGGCAUGCCCCUACUGGCUGAGUUCCAGGAAACCUGCAACAACAAAAACCGUGGUUCCAUUGAGGCAAGCACUUACUGUUCUUCUCCUGAGGUUUUUUCGAAAUCAAAGUCGUCGACAGAUCCAUUUGAUCCUGAGCAGAGUCUUGAUCGGGAGCUAUCUUUUAUUAGAAAAGCUAAAGAAUCAGGGGUUGUGUAUCUUCUGGGCCACGGAGAUAUUAGAGCAAGGAAGGAUUCCUGGUUCAUCAAGAAGCUAGUCAUAAACUACUUCUACGCUUUUCUGCGAAAGAACUGCAGAAGAGGGAUAGCCAAUUUGAGUGUCCCUCACUCUAAUCUGAUGCAGGUGGGCAUGACAUACAUGGUCUAA